GAGAUGGGAGUGGGAGAGAGGGGGGAGUGUGGGAGAGAGAGUGGGAGAGUGUGGAAGAGAGAGAGAGUGGGAUAGUGUGGGGGAGAAUGGAAAGAGUGGGAGAUAGGGGAGCGAGGCGAGAGAGGGGGUGGGAGAGACAUAUGGCAGAGCGGUGAGAGAGAUGGGGGAGGGAGGGAGGGGAUGUGUGUGAGAGAGAGCGGCGAGCGAUGGGAGAGGGAGCAGAGAGAGAGAGACACGGGAGAGACACGGGAGAGGCGAUGGGAGCGCGAGAGAGAGAGAUCCCAAUGGGAGCCGGUACCUGCCGGCUGAGCGUGGUUCCUGAAGUAGAUCAGCGGCAGCAGAGCGAAGAAGGCGGUGAUGAGAAACAUUCCGCAGAGCCACGCCACCUUCUGCCACAGCAGGUCCAUGGCGGAGGCGGCGGCGGAGGCGUCUCUGUGACCCACAGGCCACCACGGAACAUCUCGCCCUGGCAGCCGUGCGUGGUGGCAGCCCUCGCCUGGGGCACACCGGGGGCAUCACGUGCCACCGCCUCGGUCCACUGCUGGCCACAGCACCAGCAGCGGUGGGCAGAUGCAAGAAGGCGGAUUGUCCGUGGCUCUGAGGCCACGCCCACCCUGACAAUGAUUGACAGGAGCUGCGCCACACCUGCAGGGCACCAGCUCCGUCUCUCCCGCUUCGCGCCAGGUACGAGCAGCGAGCGGACGCCGCGCGCCGGGGGAGCCGGGUGAGGCGAGCACGGCGUGGUGAGGCCAGCGCAGUCCCUCGGGGUGGUGAGGAGCCCAGCGGCGGCUCCUGCUCCACGUCCUCCUCCUCCUGCUCCACGCGGCGAGGCAGUGAGGCGUCGGGGUGAGGCGCCGCAAGUCCCCCAAGUCGCCGCCGCCGCCUCCAACCUCGGCGCUCAAGGGGUCAGAGUCCGCGCCCGCGCCUCGUUCUGGCUCACACAUUGACAACAACAUCCACGAUGUCCGAGUCGGAGUUCGAAGUCGGGGACGAGCUUCUGGACCUUCUGCUGGAGCGACCGUGCCCAGCGGCGGGGCCAAUGGGGGGCCCGCUGGGGGGCCCGAUAGCUGCACAGAUGGGGGGCCCGUGCGCCCCGAGGUCGUCGGCCUUCUUCCCCGGCGGGCUGGGCGGCCUGCUGGCGCAGCAGGGCAAGGCGAGCGAGGCCGAGCCGUGGGGCCUGGACGAUGUCCUGGCCCUGACGGAGGACGCUCAGGACGACCUCCUGCAGAGCUUCGUGAUGGACGACGCCGCGCUGCAGAUGCUGCGCGCGCCCGGCACCCCGUUCCACUCGCCCUCCUCGCUCUCCUCCUCCUCCUCCUGCACCUCCUUCCCCUCGCCCGCCUCCUUCUCGUCGCCGCCGUCGCCCGUUUCGUUUGCCUCGCCCUCGGCCAGCGACAGCGGCGUCUCGGAGGGGGGCCACGUUGGGCCGUGCGCCGCGAGGCCCUGGGCCUCCUUUCCCCCGGAGACCCCCGGCGGCUCCGGACGAGGCUCCGGCGGCUCCGGCGGCGGGAGUCGCUCGUUCUCGAGCUCGGACGACGUGGCCAUCGAUUUCGAGGGCUGGGACGAGCCGGACUUGGUGGCGGCCCCCAGCGUGGUACGUGCCCUCCCGGCCCUCACCGCCGCCCUGCGCUCCUCCUCGCGCCAGCUGCUGCACGGACUCACGGGCGCCGGCCACAACACCGAGCACGAUGUGCAGACCAUGGAGGUGGCGCUCACGGACGAGGAGCGCAAGCUGCUGAUGCAGGAGGGGAUGCCGAUGCCCGCGCACCUGCCCCUCACCAAGGUGGAGGAGCGGGUGCUGAAGCGCGUGCGGCGCAAGAUCCGGAACAAGCAGUCGGCACAGGAGAGCCGGCGGCGCAAGAAGGAGUACGUGGAUGGCCUCGAGAGCAGGGUGUCUACAUGCACCGUUCACAACCAUGAGCUCCAGCGGAAGAUGCAGCAGCUGGAGAAGCAGAAUCUGUCCCUGCUGACGCAGCUGAGGCAUCUGCAGUCCCUAAUGAAGCAAGGCUCGGCCAAGGCAGCGCAGACUGGCACCUGCGUCAUGGUGUUCCUGCUGUCGUUCGCCCUCAUCCUCUACCCCAGCUGCGGCCCCUCCUCUCCUGCCACCUCGGCGCCCGCCACCUACCGCCCGCAAGGAGUGCUGUCCAGGUCACUGAUGGACACCGACGCGGCCAGAGUCGUCGCCCCCACGGACGACCCCUAUGGGGCCUCCCCAGGGCCUCCCAUCCCGCCCGUCGCCCCGGCCGCUCCCGGCCACCCGGCCCAGCCCGAGGCCGCGGUCGGAGUCGCGGCAUCCGAGGAGGGCCCUGCCCCAGUGGCCUCUGACCCCAGGAGGAGACUCGACCAGAUCCAGCGCAAGGAGAGACAAGAGGAGGAGGAGGAGGAGACGGGCAGGAGGCACGGGGCCCCCGGAGGGACGGGGCCCAGGAACCGGACGGCGCCGGGCGCCGCCGGGGGACACGGGGAGCGCCGACGUCCCUACGCGGGGCCCAGACUGGGGCCCAGACUGGGGCCCAAGUCGGAGUCCCUCCUGGGAGGCCGUGGGCAGCCUCCGCUGCACGUGACGGCCGGGGAGAUGUAGGGAGACGGGAGUGGAGGCCACUGGAGAUCGGCCGACGGCGACUACGACGAUGAUGAUGUUGUUGAUGAUGGUGAUGUUUGUAUUCCAUAGUGAAUUUUAUAGUAGCGCGUGUACAGGCGUUGAGUCGAUCAACUGCUGGAUGAGGGCCCCACCCCAAGCUGUUAUUUGACCGUCUGCCGUCCCGCGAGGGAGCGGCAGGUUGGUGUUGAAGGCGGGGAGCGUAGAAUGUGAGAACGUACAGCACAACAACUGGUUCUGCUGUACGGCCCUCCGUUGUGGCGACUGCACGUAGCCCUGCAGCCAUAGCAACAACAGCAACCCAUAGCAACCCAUUCACCAAAGCACUAAUCAGGUUCCAUUCCUGGUCAUUUGUUCACGAGAUUUUGUAUUAGCCGUAGUGUGUGUCGUGUGUGGGUAGCGGUAGGUAGUGUGUGUCGUGUGUGUGUGUAGCGGUAGGUAGUGGGUGUCGUGUGUGUGUGUGGGUAGCGGUAGGUAGUGUAUGUCGUGUGUGUGUGUGUGUAGCAGUAGGUAGUGUGUGUCGUGUGUGUGUGUGUGGGUAGCGGUAGGUAGUGUGUGUCGUGUGUGUGGAUAGCGGUAGUGUAGCGCUUCGAAUCCGGCGACCCGAGAUCGAUUCCCGCGCACGGCCAACACCAGUGACGAUGAUUUAAAUCGGUCCUGGACCUCGCCUAGGUUGACUCAGCCUCAAAUGGGUACCUGGUUCGAUGUGUAAACAUCGUUACUAGGGAGACAAAGGUGGCCGAGGAUUGUGCUGGUCACCCACCCCCUCGUGUGCCGUACUGGCCUUCUUAGGGUCUCGCUAACAGCACUUGCCCCCACAGUCGGUUAAGGCUACACGGGGGAAACAGGAAGACUUACGGCAAUCCGACUUCACGGAAUUGCUCUCAUGAACAAUGUAAAAAAAUUAACCCGUAAAAACAAAGUAUUUCACUAUAAAUCCUUUAUAUGCGUGGCGGCUAGAGUCCUCUCGUCCUCUGGCUUGAGAUGGCUGCCACCUAUGGGUCAGAUGAUUGCCUGCCACCAUUAAGCAAUUGGUAAUUAAAUAUAAAAAAAAAAUGUUCCUAAAAAGUGUAAAGUUAUGGAAACAUUUUUUCACGAAAAUAAAUUGUCACGCACAACGAGUCUGUGUGCAAAAUGGCAGCUCGAUUGGAUCACGGGAAGUGGGUUAAAAAACGACCGAAAGAUUUGCACGGUCGUAAGCGCGCAAGCAAGCAAGCAAGUGAACUUAAUAUAAAGGAUUUAAAAAGAAAAAUUCAACAUGCGGAAAUUCCUCGCGUUAGCUACGCAAGCGCAAAUAGUGCAGCGUGGUGAGGUUGUCGAUGAAUGCCGAGGGGCGAGGCGUAAGGGGCCGUCCAUAAAUGACGUCACGCACCUAGGGCGGGGGGGGGGUUCAGACUUUUGUGACGAUGUGUGACGAGGGGGGGGGGGGUUGAGAAAUGUGACGUCACAUCAAAAUGCGCAACUUUAAAUAAAUAUAGAAUUUACACCAUUGGAACCUCAUUUGCCAGUAAAAAAUAUAUGAUAAUCGGUUUUUUACCCUUCUAUCUGGUAGUGCGCCUUUUGGCGUCAUCUGGUCCAACCCAUGUGAGACUAGGCUCUAAGGAAAGCUGUCUCGGGUGUGGACCAAUCAACUUCAAGGACAGUGCAUACAUUAUCAGAGUUAUGUUUUUUGUUUGCAUUAUGACUGCAGGUAUUGUGGUCUAUGCAAACAUGACUCCUUGUAAAAAAAGGUGUCAGUUUUGUUGCCAGAUAGAAGGGUAAAAAACCAAUUAUCAUAUUUUUUACUGGCAAAUGAGAUUCCAAUGGUGUAAAUGCUUAAACCCGAGCUUUCAUACUCUGAUGGUGCAUUGUCUUCUAGUUGUGCGCCUUUUGGCGUCAUCUGGUCCAACACCAUGUGAGACUAGGCUCUAAGGAAAGCUGUCUCGGGUGUGGACCAAUCAACUUCAAGGACAGUGCACAUUAUCAGAGUUAUGUUUUUUGUUUGCAUUAUGACUGCAGGUAUUGUGGUCUAUGCAAACAUGACUCCUUGUUCAAAAGGUGUCAGUUUUGUUGCCAGAUAGAAGGGUAAAAAACCAAUAAUAUUUUUUACUGGCAAAUGAGGUUCCAAUGGUGUAAAUGCUUACCCCGAGCUCUCAUACUCUGAUGGUGCAUUGUCUUUGAGUUGUGCGCCUUUUGGCGUCAUCUGGUCCAACCCAUGUGAGACUAGGCUCUAAGGAAAGCUGUCUCGGGUGUGGACCAAUCAACUUCAAGGACAGUGCACAUUAUCAGAGUUAUGUUUUUUGUUUGGAUUAUGACUGCAGGUAUUGUGGUCUAUGCAAACAUGACUCCUUGUAAAAAAGGUGUCAGUUUUGUUGCCAGAUAGAAGGGUAAAAAAACAAUUAUCAAAUAUAGAAUUGUUAUAGCAACACUAAUCGUUAUAACAACACUCCUACAACAUCAGAGUGCAGCGCCACAUUAAAUACGCACUACAAUGACAAUAGUUUAAAGCGAUUUGAAGCAUGUUUUAUUUUCAAAAUGGAAAUAUGGUUUUGGGCGGGGGGGAGGGGGCAGAGCUUUGUGACGUCAUAUUUGACGGGGGGGGGGGGGUCUGACUUUUUGUGACGCCGAGGGGGGAGGGGGGUCAAAAAUCGUUCAAAAUCGCGUGACGUCAUUUAUGGACGCCCCCUAAGGCUAGGGAUUAAGGGAAAUGUAAUUUUUUGUAGCGUUCAGUAAUGAUUUUCCUUUUGUAGCAUUACGUAAUUCAGUUUUCUAUGCUUGGAACUAGCAAUAGCACCGCUAGUAUUCGCGUUAAGUUCUAUUUUACGAGUUAUCUGCUGUAUGUACUUUAUUUAACACAAUUACACUUCAAUUGCUCGUGGUCUCAGCCAACAGCGAUCACAGAAGUCUCGGGCCUUGCCUAAUGCACGGUAGACGGACAUUCGGAAGUGACUGAUUUCUGUUUAGAUUGAAAGCUUUCGUGACUGCAGGGAUUAAUAUUCUUGGUUCUUUAGGUAAAGUCAUCACGUAGAAGGGAAACAAUAAAAUAAUAAAAAUAUCAAACAAUAAAAUUUUCACGACGUUUCGACUGCAACACAAGCAAUCAUCAUCAGGUGUGAAACAUGUUCUUGCUGUGUUUUUUUCACACCUGAUGACGGUUACUUGUGUUGCAGUCGAAACGUCGUGAGAAUUGUAUUGUUUUAUAUUUUUAUUAUUUUAUUGUUUCCCUUCUACGUGACUUUACCGAAAGAACCAAGAAUAUAACUGCUUUCUGUUAACAAUGUUAAAAUAAUGUUUCAUGAUAUUCAUCAAUAAUUGUAUACAGUAUAUGUUCUCGUUAGUUUAAUUAUGGGUUAGUGUUCAGGGUAGAUGUUCGAUUGAAUACAAGAAUCGUAGGAAGUGCAGAGCAUAUGUACAGCGAUACGAUCAGGUAGCGAAAGAUAACGGUCGACUGACAUACGGAAAAUUCGGGUUACGGAUCGCACUUGGGAACCUAACCCUUCCGUAACCCGGGGGACUGCCUGUAUUUUUCUUUGUGUGAGCUUCGUCGAUUGUUCGCCGUAUCAAGGGGGUGGCCCAAACACAUUCCUGCGGAGGGAGCUGGUAGGAACGUUGGGUUGCUCGGUCAAUGGCCAGGGUCAACGGCGGCGUGGUGUAUUCCGCAAUAUGCCCGACUGUGAGGGCGGGCACAAGCCGGCGUGAGUAGGUUAAACGUUGAGUUUUAUAAGGGCACCACGGGGUGAGCAGCCCCUCCCCUCCCCUCCCAGCCCCACCCCUCCCACCCCCCACCCAGCCCCUC